CUGAAAACUCUCGGACUUGCCCAGCUCUCUGCGGGGUGUGCGCGUUAGGCGAAACGAGCGUAUCGGAGCAUCAGUGUACUCGCCUCUCGCGGUGGACUCGGGGCUCGUUGUCAACCGGUACCUGUGGGAGCUGCAAGACCAGUGUUUCUAUAAACCAGCAAAUCCAGCAGUGAUCCGCCGGUGAUCCAGCAGAGAUCCGGCAGAUCCGGUAGUGAUCCGGAAGUGAUCCAACAAAGAUCCAGCAGCAGCAAAGAUCCAGAAAGCAGCCAUGGCCGCGCGUCUCGUCCAGGCGGGAAUGUUGGUCGGCGGCUCAGUGGGCGCAGCGAUCACGAUCCGCGGCUGCGUGAAGGCAACACAACCCGCAGAGCGAUGCAUCUACUGCGGCGGGGCGGCGGUGGGCGCCGCGCUGACGGGCGGGUACGCGUACUUCCACAGCGAUUACUACUACGAGCUCGAAGCAACGCGGCGGCGAGAGCGCGAGGAAGAGGGCGCGAAGCGCGUGGCGGCGGUGCGGCGAAUGGAAUCGGAGAGGUACGCGCGGCAGCAGCGCGAGAUCGAGGAGGACUACCGGAAACGCGCGCUCGAGUCCGCGCGGCUGGACACCUACGAGGAUCCCCGCAACCGCCACGACUAG